UAUCAGAGUUGCCUAGGGAUCUCAAUUAUUGUUGAAAGAACAACAACAAACCUACUCUCUAAUAAAAUUAGAAUUCUGGGUUUGACAAGACUUGAUUUUUCAAAGUCAGCAAAAGAAAACUCGACUAACUCAGUCGAUCUUAGACAUCAGCACGCCAUAGGUAAAUCAUUCACAAAGGCGCCUUAAGGCAUGCUUAGUGUUAGCAUGGCGAUAUUUCUGCGAUACUUCUGUUAGCUUCUCUUUUCCCUCUCCGGAUCCUCACCUCUGCUCUUAAUUAGAAAGUCUCCUCUUCUAAAUCUAGAGUGCCAUCUCGAAGGAUCAUGACUCCGAGUUUUUUUCAGAAAUUAGGAUCAAAAUAAAUUAAUUAUUUUCUCACUUAAUACCAGUAAAAAAUGCAUGAAGCUGUCCAACAAAUCCUUUAUUUAUCCUUACCCUCAAAACAUCUAGUGGAUGAAACAUUGGAUUAUGCUGAAAUGGAUUUUUGGUCUGCUACAAGUUUAAAUAGUGAAAAUAUACAUGAUUAUAAUUUUGAAGAGGAGGUGAACAAGAAAAAUAAUUCAGAGUGGACCCCAUUAAUGUACGCGGCAUAUUUGGGACAUAGAGAGCUUUGCCAAUUAUUAAUCUUAAAAGGGGCUAAAGUGGAGGAAGCUAAUGAAAGAAAUCAAACUGCGUUGAUGCUGGCAGCGUCGUGUGGAGCUGUUGAUGUGGUUCGAAUUUUGUUGGAUUUUUCAGCCGAUUUGAACCGUCGUGACCAAUAUGGAAGGAGUAGUUUGCAUUAUGCAGUAAAAUAUUAUCACGCUGUUGUUGUACAAUUAUUAUUAGAACGUGGGGCAGACCCUAAUUUGGCAGACUAUAAUGAAUCAACACCAGUUUUGGCAGCUUGUGAAAAUGGAGAUGAAAAAAUAUUAUCUUAUUUGUUGGAUUAUAAAGGAAAUCCAAAUCGGCGUAAUAAACAAGGAUUGGAUGCUUAUGCUCUAGCUACUGACGAGAAAUUACAAGCCCUUCUAAGGCGCUACAAACAAGAAAUGGAGCCAGCAUUGAGAGAGGCAUUGUUUCAAUUGGAUUUGCAGAAAUAUGUGAAAAAUUUGAUGGAACACGGAAUUAAAACAAUGGAAUCUCUACUUAAAUUGACAGAAAAAGACCUUGAUGAUAUGGGAAUUGGUCUUUUGGGCCCAAAAAGAAAAUUAACAAAUUAUAUAAAAGAAAUGAGGGAAAAGUGUGCAAUACCCAAAACAUCUACCCAAUCAACUAGUUCAAAUCGUCAACAAAUUCCUUCAAAUACUCAACUUCAACAAAAAUGUGAUGAACUUUCAAAAUUAUUAAUGGAUCAACGACGGGAGUUGAUUGAACAGAAAAGGGUUAAUGCACAAUGCAGACAGACCCUUACUCAAUUAUUAACAAAUGGACGUUGUAGUGCUUGUACAGACCGCACUCCACGUAAAGGUUCUAUUGAAGAGUUAAUUCGAGAGUUGGAUAGGAUGAAUGCGCGGUUGGGGUCUUUUUUGCUUUGA